CUCGCAAUAACUUUAUUCAUAAACAAGAGAAAAUCUGCAGGUGCCGGAAAUCCGAGCAACACACACAAGAUGCUGGAUGAACUCAGCAGGCCAGGCAGCAUCUUUGGAAAAAAGUAUAGCCGACGUUUCGGGCCGAGACCCUUCGGCAGGACUAGCGAAAAAAAAGCUGACGAGUAGAUUUGAAAGGUGGGGAGAGAGAAACUUUAUUCCACGUUCACGAUAUCUUAGAAACUACCAGAAGAACUUGCAGCAGCUGAAAUAACAGCGAUCUUGACGGACUCUCUGUUCCAGAGCCGCGCGUGUGCGCGCAUCUCCCCGCUAGAAUGCUGGGCGCGCGCACUGCGGCAUGUCCGGCCAGGCAUGCGCACGAGCUGGUGUUGGAGGAAGCGGGGACGCGAAACUAAGGGAGCCGGCUGUGUUGGGGUGCUUUAUGGUACUUAUUGACCAGAACAUCAGUGAAUCAUGGUUGCUUCAGGAUCUGCGUGAUUUUUGUCUCGAUGUCAAUCCGAUGACAAAUGCUUCCAUACAAAAAGCAACAAGUAGUCACUAUGAAAAUAUUGCAGCACUCAAUUUGGAGAAAAACUUUCAGAACCACCACCUAUCAAGCACGAGUAUAAAAGGAAUUUUGCGUUCAACAGAUGAGCAAGAAGAAAGGGUGUCAUGCCCAAUCAAACAGCCAGCACAAUCCCCGACAGUAAUCAUAGUAUAUCAGUCCUUGGUUUUAUGCUGAUCCCUGUCACACUUUUGGCUGCUAUUGGCAUUGCGAUUGUAGUGGUAAGGUAUAUUCGAAAGCGACACAGGUUAGAAAACCUACGCAACAAAUUGGUACCGAUUUAUUCAUACGACCCUAGUGAGGAUCAUAAUAAUGUGGAAGAAGAAAUAGAUACUAACGGAGAAAUAAAGGAUAAUUAUGAACUUCCGGCUGAGAAGGCAACAGGAGAGAAUGAGAACUGUGCCUCCAUUUCUGAUACGGGUAUUGGUAAUCAAGAAACAGGUUUUCAGCAGCCACUUUUGUAUUAUCUUUCAGCAGAGUUUUGGUGUCCCGAAAGGAAGACAGUGGUUCAAACGAGGUUCAGUAUGAUUGUAGAUGAUGCUAUCAAAGUGGUAUUACAAGGAUUCCACACAACUGAAGUCAGAUUUCAAAAUGAGUCAUAACUACAUCUCUGUACAAUUACAGAUGGGUUUGCAGAUGUGGUCAGAGCAGAUCUAUAUAACUGAAGGUGAUGCCCUUGCUUGGGACGGACCAGAUUGUGGUACAACUGAAGAAGAGGGUAUUGCCAUGAUUACUAGGACACUGUAUGACUGAAUAUGAUGCUUCUGAUGUGGCCAGACCAAACCUAACAUUGGAUGAUAUUGUCCUCAACAUGGUCUAACCCAGCCACAAUGCAAUGAAGAUGGGAUCCAUUGAAGACACUAUAAAACAAUAGGAUGCUCUAGCUGUGGUCAGAAUAAGUUGCUGUACGACUUAAGACUACUCUAAUGUAUGUCUGAAAGUAUCUCCACAUGACACGGCAAAAGCCUAGUCAUUAUCAGUUAUCCACGAAACUUCCAGGUUUUUGUUUCACUCCAUUGAUCUGCAACCAAGAGGUUGCUUUCAGAUUGUGUGUUAAUGGAGGAACAUGGUGCUCCUUUCAAACAUGUCAUCAUGUUGUGCCAGCAGGGGGAAGAACUGAGCUUUUUGCUGCUUUGAGGGACAGAAAAUAAGCACCACCUUCCCUCAGCUCUAUUAUAUAAUGCAUUUAUAUGCCCAUGGAAGGACUAAGAAUCGAACGACCUGCAAGGUGCCUUGGCCAAGCAACAGUAAGUAACAAUAGGUGAGAAUGAAGAGAGGUCAAAACCAAUACCUUCCUUUCAAAUAAUUUAUAUACUUUCUACUACUCUGCAAAGUUUUAUUUAUCAGUAUGCUACAGAAGCAGUUUUAAUUUAUGCUUAAAGUUUAAGCAUAAAACCCUCAUCUUGAGAGUGAGCUAGCUACUUGACUACUAGGGUGCCACAGUUCACGGAAAAUACAAUACUAACAAGUGGAGGGGGGGAGCAUUGACUGGUUUUCCCAAAAAUAAAAGAACCAUAGAAAAGUAUCUUCUAAGGUGGUUCCUUCAAAUUUAAGAGAAUCUUUAACCAAUUGGUAGUGUAUUGAACUGUGAAAAAGCAAAUAUCUGAACUCUUUAAUAAGUAACAUGGGAUAUACAUUUUAUUGUAAUU